AUGAGUCAGGCCUCGGGAAUCAGGAUCGACGCCAGAAAACUCUCACCAGAGUUUCCACGUUUUCUUUCAAAUCAACCGCAAUCUCCUCCCCAAAGGAAUCCGAAGCGUGCAGAAGAAUUCCGAUUUCUACUCAUUCACGCGCCGAGACAGGCGGCCCGGGGCAGUGCUCAGCGGCCCGGCCCGGUCCAGACCCCCAAGCAAACCCCGAACUUCCACCCAGACGGGCCUGGGCCGGCUCCCCGCAGCCACCGCCGCGGAGCGCUCGGCCCCGCACGGCUUCUCGGCUUGAAGCGAUUCGACAGGAACGCGGGGAAACGACUCCCCUCCGACGCCCUGCGCAGCCGACGAGCGCCCCCGCCCCACCCCGGCGCGGCCCUCCAAAGCCAGGGCGCCGGCGAACCCACACCGCGCGGGCCCCGCCAUUACGCCCCUCGUCGCGCCUCGUCGACCCCACGCGCCGGCACCUGCCGCCCCCUGACCCCCGACCCCGCGACCCCGCGCGCCCGCUCCAGCGCCCCAGGGAGGGCGGGCGCGGGCCCGAGCGCCUUCGCCUCACCGCCCCGGGAGCCAAUCGCAGCCCGCGACGCCCGCCGCGGGCCAAUCGCGGCGCGCCUCGGACCCGCAGCUCGAGGCCCCGCCGAGCCCCGUGCGGGACUGCGCGGCGCCCGGGGACGCCCGGAGGCCGCGGGCUGA